AAUUUCCGACAGCCGUGAAGUGGUCUUUAACGUCCUCCGGCAGCAGGCUGCUCCCCGCACCUCCUAGCCUCAUUCAGUGUGGCCGCAGCGCGGAGAACAACAGGCUACCUCCCUCUUCAGCCCGCCCGGUGGAUGCUGCACAUUUCUGGGACAAAGGAAACUUGAAAAGCUGCAAAGCCUAACAAAGAGCCAUAAGAUCAACAUGUGACAUCACCUUUUUCCGAUUCAUUGCCAAAUGUUAAUUUAUGGGAAAUAAAAGCAAAGUACUCCUGAUAAUUUAGAAUAUUUAAUUUUUUUAAUUGUAGAGACGAGACAAAUGUUAAGAGAUGCCAGGGGUCAAAAGCUUAGCUUUGUGAGAUACUGUCUUAGAUUGAUUGUCUUUGUUGGUUAGAGAAAUGUGGAAUAAACCACAGAAGAGCGAGGUUUUGUCUGCCUCCUCUCAGUCUCCCAGCCCUGCAGUUGCUCCACAUCGUCCUCCUGUCCUCUGGAUUCUGAUGGACUUGUCAACACCGACAACAUCAAGACCAUGACUUCAUCAGACAACUACGAAACUGGCAGCGAUCUGUCAGAGUCUAUGGAGAUCCAGGAGCUUCAGGAUCAGUACAUGGACACAGAUAACUCCUUCAAGUCCAAGAGCUUACCCAUCCUGAUUGGACCAUGCCAGCAGGACGGUAAGACUGCCACCCAAACCUGUGUGGCUGUGGAGAGACACGAAGGAUUACAGGUGAAAACUCCAGACUCCAGCCAGGCAGAGUCCCCGUCCUCCUGGACAGACUUCUCCGUCUCCAGCAUGGUGGGGCUUAGCAGAUCUAUACCAGUAGAAGGUCACAGGCCCUCUAGCUCUAGAGGAGAAAAUCUAGGCUUUUCUUUCACCCGCUUUAUCCACAUCCCAGCGAGGAAGUAUGUGCGAGUCAUCCUGAGCGACUCACGCUGCUUCCUGUUCUGCAUGUGCUACCUGACCUUCAUCCAGUCCCUGAUGGUGUCAGGCUACCUGAGCAGUGUCAUCACCACCAUUGAGAAGCGCUACAGUCUACGCAGCUCCGAGUCUGGCCUGCUGGUGAGCUGCUUCGACAUCGGCAGCUUGCUAGUAGUGGUCUUCAUCUCUUACUUUGGCGGAAGGGGUCAGAGGCCGCGUUGGCUCGCUGUGGGCGGUGUUAUUAUCACCAUCGGGGCGGCAUUGUUUUCCCUGCCGCACUUCAUUUCGCCACCCUACCAGAUCCAAGAGAUCAACUCCUCGACGGGCCACGAAGGCCUCUGUCAGAGCGAGAACAACAGCGGGCGUGAGCUGCUCGAUGCUGCGUCAUGUCCUCGUGACCAAGAGGGCAAUGAGCAUAACCUGUACGUGGCGCUGUUCAUCUGUGCCCAGAUACUGGUGGGCAUGGGGUCGACGCCGAUCUACACCCUGGGGCCCACAUACCUGGAUGACAACGUGAAGAAGGAGAAUGCAUCUCUCUAUUUAGCUAUUAUGUAUGUAAUGGGAGCCCUGGGACCUGCUGCUGGGUACCUGCUGGGAGGCGUCCUCAUCGGCUUCUACGUCGACCCCAAAACCGUCGUAAACAUCGACCAGAAUGACCCUCGCUUUGUUGGCAACUGGUGGAGCGGCUUCCUCCUGUGUGCUGUCGCUAUGCUUCUGGUCAUCUUCCCCAUGUUUGCCUUCCCGAAAAAGCUGCCUCCACGUCACAAGAGGAGGAAGAGGAAGAAAAAGAUGGGCUCACCCGGUGACGAGUCCAGCGAUGACGACGUGAUGAAGGAGAAGUCUGCUGGCAAAGGCCAAAAUGUGUCCUCUAUGGGCUUUGGAAAGGACAUCAAAGACCUCCCCAAGGCUGCACUGAGAAUCCUCAGCAACAUGACCUUCCUGUUCGUCAGCCUGUCCUACACAGCUGAGUGUGCCAUCGUCACGGCCUUUAUCACCUUCAUUCCCAAGUUUAUCGAGUCUCAAUUUGGCAUCCCAGCAUCCAACGCCAGCAUAUACACAGGUCUGAUCAUUGUUCCCAGCGCCGGGGUGGGCAUCGUGCUGGGAGGCUACAUCAUCAAGAAGCUAAAGCUCGGGGCGAGGGAGUCGGCCAAGCUGGCCAUGAUCUGCAGCGGCGUGUCUCUGCUCUGCUUCUCCACGCUCUUCAUCGUGGGCUGUGAGAGCAUCAACCUGGGAGGCAUCAACAUACCUUACACCACGGGGCCCACCCUGACCCUGACACAUAGAAACCUGACCGGUAGUUGCAACGUAAACUGUGGCUGCAGGAUCCAUGAAUACGCUCCGGUCUGCGGCUCUGACGGCAUCACCUACUUUAACCCCUGCCUGGCUGGAUGCAGCGCCGUCGGCAACGACAGCACCGGGGUCAGGAACUACACGGACUGCAGCUGCGUUCAGAGCAGACAGGUCAUCACCCCCUCCUCCGGCGGUCAAGUCAACCAGCUCCAGCUCGUCAUCGUCAAAACGUACCUGAACGAGAACGGCUUCGCCACAUGGGGGAAGUGUGACCGCACCUGCAACACACUCAUCCCUUUCCUCAUCUUCCUCUUCAUCGUUACGCUCAUCACCGCGUGUGCUCAGCCCUCCGCCAUCAUCGUCACACUCAGGUCCGUUGAUGAACAAGAGAGGCCUUUUGCUCUCGGGAUGCAGUUUGUUUUGCUCCGAACUCUCGCCUACAUCCCGACGCCCAUCUACUUCGGAGCCGUGAUCGACACCACCUGCAUGCUCUGGCAGCAGGACUGCGGCGUGCACGGCUCCUGCUGGGAGUACGACGUUACCUCGCUACGCUUCGUCUACUUCGGCCUGGCUGCCAGCCUCAAGUUCGUCGGCUUCGUCUUCAUCUUCCUCACCUGGUACUCCAUCAAGCACAAGGAGGCGCGGGCGGAGGAGCGCUGGCGCCAGCACCUCCCCCCGCUCGGCACAGUCAGCGAGCUAAUUUGCCACACCGGGGGCCGCAAAAGCCACGCCCGCACCCGCUCCUGCCCCGUGUUCAUCUUGCCUCGGCCUGACCCGCCCACCGCGCUGCUGCUCAACCCUGGCCGCAGCAGCUUUAGUUGCCCGGGCAACGCCCGUAAAGCAAUAACUCCCCCCGUCUUGCUGCCGCAUCACCACAGAGGCUCGGCCCAUGUGUGAAGCCCCUCCCCUGGGUCGUUCAUCGUGCCUUCCUGUUUGUGUUUCUGCACAGCGUCUGCUUCACACCAGGCUGAGACACAACGUGCGCCCGCCGUACCUAAAGGGCUUCACGGGAGCGGGAGUUUGGAAAGGCGUCGCUUUACUUGGAGCAUAUCUCCGAGCUGCAGCCGCGCUCCACCUCUCCGUCGAGAUGAUGUGGAACAUCUGAUGGUGCUACUGUAAACGGGAAGGGCAUUAAAGUCUGUACAGACAGAUGAGUCAUCAACAUGGUAUCAAAAGCACAAUGAACAAACCUGCACUAUGCAAAUUCCUGCAUACAGCUCCUUCCUCCUCAGUACUCCCGCUGGAUCCCACGCGUACCUCCUCCUCUGCACAAGCUCACGUUCAUGUCUUGUUUUUUGUCCCAAACAGUGACCGGUUCACACGUAGACGAACGUAGGAUUUUAAAUUCUCUUCACAGUCCUCGUGUUCUUCUUAACAGUGCCUCUCUGGCAGUUUUCUGUCAGUCCAGAACACAACGCUAGCUGUCAGGGUUAACGCUCGCUACAGAAAAGCAUCGACACAGACCCUGAGUUAUAAACUCCGGCCUUUUGCAACGUAGCUCACAGCAGACAUGUGGUACAAUCGGUGUGCAAAGGAUCUGUUAUUUCACUUAUUAUUAUUAUUAUUAAACCAAGUGGAAAACAGGAACUAUUCCUGAUGAUGCGCUGAAUCUACUGUAAAUGCUAAAAUGUGAAAUAAGGUUUAAAAAUGAGGUUUACUGUAUUUAUUUCUUAAGAAACAUCUUCAGGCUAUUAAAUAAAAGAAAAAAAUAUCUUAGCUUAUUAAUUAAAGGACUCAGAUGCGUGUCUAGAUCUAAAACUUUUGCCAGUUUUUGAGUGUUUGGCGCCAUCUGGUGGACAAAGAGUAGAAGGUAAAUGGACUUAAAUUCAGAGGAAAAUUCUAAUUAAACACAUUUUUUAUUUAA